UUCUGAACCCGAUAAUAGUCUAAACCCCACUGGAAACAGCCCACGCACCCGAGUCUCGAAACCCACGCCGCCUCCGCCUCGCCCCCCACCGUCGCUACCGCGUCUGAGCCUCGCAGCUAGCCCACCGCCGGAGACACACCCGCCGCCGCCGCCAUGUCGAAGCCCGCCGACCAGCCGCCGUCGGACAUGGAUGUCGACCCCUCCGCCGCUGCCGCCGCCGAGGAGAAGCCGCCCGUCAGGUUCUCCAUCAACGUGCUGGAGCUCAUGAAGGGGGCGCAGAUGCAGCACGGCCUCCGCCAGAGCGACUACAUGCGGUACAGGAGAUACUGCUCUGCGCGACUCAGAAGGCUGUACAAGUCUCUUAAGCUUCUGCAUGGCCGUGGUAAAUACACCAGGAGGAAUAUAACCGAAUCAACAGUGACAGAUGUUAGGUUUCUCCACAUAAUAUUUUAUAUGGCUGAGAGAGCAUGGAGCCAUGCCAUGGAAAAGAAAACUGCUGGUACAAAUGCACAACAGUGUAUCUACAUGUUGGGUCGAUUUAGGAAAGCAGUUAAAUGGGCAAUUCUUUUUUCACAAUUAUGUUCUGUAAAAGGAGAUUCAAGGACAUCUCUGGAAGCUGAGGCAUAUGCUUCAUAUAUGAAAGGUGCUUUGUUUUUUGAGCAAGACAAGAACAUAGAGGCAGCAAUGAUAAAUUUCAAGAAUACCAGGGCUGUAUAUGAAGAGCUUGGGAAGUACGGCAGUAUAGAAAAUCAACUUUUGUGCCGUCAGCGCAUUGAAGAAGUGGAACCUAUGAUUGAUUUCUGUUCACACAAACUAGGUGGAUCAUCUUUACAAUCACACGGACUCCUAGAUAUGGAAAAGGAGGGACCUGCUAAUGAUCUUCUCAAAGCGAAGAUGGAGGCUGUAUUGUCCGAGACAAGAUCACAGCAGGCAGCUUCCAUGACCGAGUUUAACUGGCUUGGUCGCAGAUUUCCUAUUACCAAUGCAAAGACCCGUGUCUCCAUUUUGAAAGUGAUAUUAUCAGCUCAGCAGCUGGAGAGAGAUUUGAAUGGUGCAGCCACAGAAUCAGUUGCUGCUGACAAAAAGCUUGCCAUUUUUGAUAAAAUAUUUUCUGCAUACCAUGAUGCUCAGAGCUGCAUCCGCAAUGACCUGGCUUCUGCUGGCAAUGCUGAGAAUAUAAGAGACGACUUGAAUGGUCUUGACAAGGCUGUUAGUGCUGUUUUAGGAUUGAGGACUAUAGAACGUAACAAGCUACUUGUUAGCAUUGCUAAAAGUAGAUUUACAAAGCAUCGAGAUGAGAAAAAUGAGAAAGUCACAAAGCCGGAAGAACUUGUUCGCCUAUAUGAUCUGCUAAUUCAGAAUACAACAGAUUUGACAGAUUUAGUUAACUCUGGAAGAAACAAAAAUGAAGAAGAGAACUCUUUUGUUCAUGAGUAUGAGCUGAAAGGCUUGGCUUUCCGAGCUGAGAGAUGUUUCUUUUUGGCAAAGUCAUAUAGUUCUGCUGGUAAAAGGGCUGAAGCAUAUGCAUUAUUCUGUCAUGCCCGUUCUCUCGCUGAUUCUGCACUGCAACAGCUUGCAAACAGUUCUGACAAGGCCUUAAUCCAAGAUCUGAAGUCUCUAUCUGACAAUUGUAGAUCCAAUAGCUGCAUAGAACAUGCAACAGGUAUUAUGGAGGAGGAGAGUGUUCCUUUAAGACUUUCCAAAGGAGUCUCAACUAUGUCACUUGGUGACGAUAAAUCAAAGGAGAACAAAUAUCUUCUUGAUAUGCUAGAGAGCUAUGAGUCAGCAAUUGGUGAGCCAAACACCAAAGCUCUAUGUCGCAUCGUACAAUUCCCACCUCCCUUCCAAGCGGUUCCAUGCAAUCCAAUUGUGCUUGAUAUGGCAUACAACACGAUUGAGUUCCCAAGCCUUGAGAACCGAAUGAAGAAAGAAAAGAAGGGGCUUCUGAGCAGACUCUGGGGGUGAAAGGAAGACGGCAUUCUUCCUCUUGGAUGUUGGUACAUUAUCCUGGUCGUUUGAUUUUGGUACAUUAUUCAAAGGUAGAUGAUUCUCUCAUUAUAUUGUUUGUUUAUGAGUGAAAGAUUUUUGUCAUACCUAUCUUUCGUUCCCCUUGAGAAAAAUUCGGACAAUCUUUUGUCGGCAAGAAUAUUUCGUAUUUACUAUUCCAAUGUACAUCACUCUCAGCGACAUUCAGCCUAACCUUAAUUUGUUAUACAGCAUUGAGCAAUUACUGAAAUAGUUCGGAUUAUUGAAUGUUAAAUUGUUUAAUUUUUCUCA